AUGCCCAUUGCAUACCAUGGCAGGUCGUCGUCUGUUGUGGUCUCCGGCACUCCCAUCGUGCGACCCAGGGGUCAGUUGGGGCUGCCAGCUUCGACCCCCACCACACCCCUCGCCCCUUCCUUCGGCCCCACGCAGCAGCUGGACUUUGAGCUCGAGAUGGCGGUGUUGAUGGGGCCGGGCAACGAGAGGGGCGAGAGCAUUCCCGUGGAGGGAGCACUGGACUGCUGCUUUGGCAUGGUCAUCUGUAACGACUGGAGCGCUCUCUUCCUUCCACGGUCCACCCUCCCCCCCCCCACACCUGCUCGUCUCCCCCCCUUGGGUGCAGCGAGGGACAUCCAGCGGUGGGAGUAUGUUCCCCUCGGCCCCUUCCUUGGGAAGAACUUCGCCACGACCAUAUCCCCCUGGGUGGUCACCAUGGAUGCUCUCCGUCCCUUCAUCUGCUCCCCAUCCCCUCAGGACCCAGAGCCGCUGCCGUACCUCCAGGACCCCAACCCACUCACCUUCGACGUUCAACUACAGGUCUCCCUUGCUCCCUCCGCUCCUCCAUCCACUGCUGCCGUUGCGAGGCUGCCACCUGUCCCUGUGUGCUGCAGCAACUUCAAACACCUGUCAGUUUCUUGUGCGCAUGGGGGCAUGAACGGCAUGUGCUUCUUUUACGUGGCAACGCCUUCGCCCAAGCCUCUCCCACCCUCAUCCGCCUCGCCUCCCUUCACCGCCCGCCUGCCCUCACCUGUUGUUUCUCCUCUUCCUCCGCCCCCCUCUGCCCAACUACCCGCACAGGUACUGGACGGUGGCACAGCAGGUAGCACAUCACACCAUCAACGGCUGCCCCCUUUGGAGUCGACCCAUAAGUACUGGACGGUGGCGCAGCAGGUGGCGCAUCACACCAUCAAUGGCUGCCCCCUGCGCCCAGGCGACCUGCUUGCCUCGGGCACCAUCUCCGGCCCGGUCAGUCACCCAUGCCCCUGCCCCUCCCCACUGCCUGCUUUAGAGUCGACUCUUAAGCGCAUCACACCAUCAACGGCUGCCCCCUGCGCCCAGGCGACCUGCUUGCCUCGGGCACCAUCUCCGGCCCGGACUGGACCUGAUUCCCUCAAGCACCAUCUCCCGCCCUGUGAAGUCCUUCCCGCUUCACCAUUCCCAUUCCUUCCGAUGUUCAUGCGCUGCCCUUGCCCCUGUGGUCCCAGGCAGAGGGCAGUGAGGGGUGUCUGUUAG